UUAUCACCAAAUUCUCUUUUCAUUCUUCAGUAAUGAGGUGCAAGCCAUUAGAGAAGACAAAGUUGAAGCAUAAGAAAGGCUUAUGGUCUCCUGAUGAGGAUCAAAAGCUAAGAGAUUACAUAAUGAACUAUGGUCAUGGUUGUUGGAGUGCCGUACCCAUCAAUGCUGGUCUGGAAAGGAAUGGGAAGAGUUGUAGACUAAGGUGGAUUAAUUAUCUACGACCAGGCUUAAAGAGAGGCGCAUUUUCAAUGCAUGAAGAAGAAACUAUCCUCACCCUUCAUGGCCUUUUAGGCAACAAGUGGUCUCUAAUGUCGCAACAUUUACCUGGCCGGACUGAUAACGAGAUCAAGAAUCACUGGCAUUCCUAUUUAAAAAAACGGGUAGCAAAAUCGGAAAGCCUUGAAGCUCAAAAUCCAAACACAGGAAAUAAUGAAUCAUCAUCAUCCUAUAUGAAUUCAAUGUCAAGAAACCUAAGCUUUGAUUCAUCAAAUACUGCAAAUCGUUCGUAUGUUAACACGGAUCAACAGAUCCCAGAAACUCAGAUCAAUAAAUUACCAAUGAUUUUAUUUGCAGACUGGCUUAACCUAGAAGAGUUUCAUGGGCAUAAUGGUUUGCUAUUCAAUAGUGGGGCUAGCAACGGCUCAAAUUACCAAGAUACCCCUGUGGAUGAACUGCUAUCAAAUGAAGCUUCCACAGUCAGCAUAGAGACAGAUAAUGAUCUUGAGCUUGGAGCCUGCAGAUGUGAGUUUUUUAGAGUUCUCUCUCACGUAAAACCAGAGGCAGGAAGACUGAUGAGUGGUACUAUCGCUUUUUUUUAUUACAUCCACAUCAAAUUUGGUGAAUUAGUAAGCCUAGUCAAUAGAACCAUACUAGGAAUCCUUCUUAUUGUCAUAAUUAGUUCAGUAUGCACAACAUUGCAAACAUGGUUUUUUUCUUCUGCAAGUGAAAGAAUUGUUGUUACCUUAAGAAAAAUCUGUUCACCCAUCUUGUUAAUCAGGUAA